AUGCCUUACUUGGUUAUCCUCAUGGAACUGGGGACGAACGUUGCAUUCGAUAACGACUCGGAGCGGUAUGUUGACAUUCAAAAGCCUCUGUCAAUCACGCAGCGCGGACUAGGUCAUCCACCUGUUGCGUCGUCAACAAGAAGCAAUGACUCGUCCAAAGACAUCCGUAAGCGUCGUUGGUCGAUCAAUGUCCGUGGUCACGCUUCCUCGGCGUAUCCGAUACUCGACAAGCUGAAGAUCUCGUCCCAUUUCACCCGGCUGUUGCACCUGCGCACGCUGGGUCCGCAGACUGAGCUGGAGGAACAAAUGUGGCCUGGCACCCGUCUUUCCGGCAUGCCGGUCAGUUGGAUGGUUGACUCUGGUGUGAUUGUCCCACAGGGAGGUGUGAAUGAGGACGUUGAGAUGACGGGAUGA